GAGGAGGGAACAACAGGUGAAGCAUUCAAAACACGUGCGAACUGUUAUCUAACUUUGCCUUGUUUUGUUGUCACUGAAAACUCAGCUUCAUUGUCUCGAAGAAAUGGCUUCGUUGAAACUUCCAGAGGUUCUUCCUUCUGCUACCCAAGAUAGUGAACGACUUAGAAAGGCUUUCCAAGGAUUAGGGACAGAUGAGAAAGCGGUAAUCUUGGUAUUGGGACGCAGAAAUGCCCAACAAAGGAAGGAAAUCAAAGAAACUUAUCAGCAGCUUUACAAUGAAUCCCUCAUUGAUCGUCUCCAUUCUGAACUCUCUGGUGAUUUUAGAAAUGCUGUAAUUCUAUGGACUUAUGAUCCUCCAGAAAGGCAUGCAAGGCUAGUUAAGGAUGCGUUGAAGGCUAAGAAGAAAGGGAUUAAAAACCUUCAGGUUCUGGUUGAAAUAGCAUGUUCAUCAACUCCUAACCAUUUGAUGGCUGUGAGGCAAGCUUACUGCUCUCUCUUUGAUUCCUCCCUUGAGGAAGACAUUAUAGCCUCGGUCGAUCCGCCCCUCAGAAAGAUUUUGGUGAGCCUUGUAAGCUCAUACAGGUAUGAUAAAGUGGCUGUAAGUGUGGAGGUUGCCAAGGAAGAGGCAGCAAAACUACAUGAAGCCAUCAGCAAUAAGCAAUUAGAAGAUGAUCAUGUUGUUUGGAUACUUAGCACCAGGAACCUUUUCCAGCUACGGGAAACUUUUGCAUGCUACAAGCAGCUCUAUGGGAUUACAUUGGAACAGGGCAUAAAAAAUUGUGGUAAAGGUGAUUUGGAAUCUCUCUUACAAGUGGUAAUAUGGUGCAUAGAUUGCCCAGAGAAGCAUUUUGCCAAGGUUGUAAGAGAUUCUAUUCUUGGCCUUGGAACGGAUGAAGAUUCUCUCAACAGAGCUAUUGUAACUCGAGCUGAAAUUGACAUGUUGAAAGUGAGAUUCGAAUAUGCUAACAUGUAUAAAUCCAGUCUUGAUGAUGAUGUUAUUGGAGAUACCUCAGGAGACUACAAGGACUUUUUGAUGACUUUGCUAGGGAAAGGUCCAAAGGGAGAGUGAUACAUUAUUGUGUUCUUGGAUUGCUUUUAAUCUGCAUUGGAUGGUCUAGACUCUGUAAUAUAUGUUGCUCUUAUAUUUCAAAAGAAUUAGAAUUUAUGGUUGAAACUAAAACCAUUUAUUUGUUAAUUAUUAUUCUGCUUUGACUCUGUGUAAAUUAAUUGUAUCUUGAUGUCUUCAUGAAAAUUGGAAGAACUUGGUGUAUAAUAAAUGAGGGGUUGAU